UACAGACUAGGGGUCUUUCGUUUUGGAAAUCCACAAAGUAGGUUUCAUGGGGCUCUUUUGUUUUCAGAAUACCAUGGGAUCUUGGUUUAAUUCAUCAGUCUUGACCGGAAUUUAAAUCUAAAGCUUUAUAGCAAGAAAUUUCUUUCAAAACAUGUCAGCUAUUCAUGUCAGCUGAUUGCAAAUCUGCGGGAAAUUUUACAUGAAGUACUAAAGAAAGUUGCUAGGAGUGGAGAACAAGAGCAGGGGAAGUUAGUUGGGCCAUCCAGAGUCACGUCACACUCUGGAGAUCCUGGCUGAUGCCUCCACUUACGGUGAGAAACUCUUCAAAGCAGAUAGCGAUACUAGCUGGUCUGUUAAAAACCGUGAACAAAUUUUUGUACUUGAGCUGUUUUGUUUCGCUUAGCUUGUAUAAGUGCUCCCCCUUUCAACUUUUUUUCAGACAGGUUCACAGAGGAUUGGAUUUGUUUUCUUUUGCAUGUGCUACAUUUCAGGCCCGCCUUUCUCAGAUCACGCUUACUUACCUUGACUGAACUUAGAUGUUUCCUAACUGACUUGGUGGAACAUCACAGCUAGGGUUAUAGAAAUCUAGUGGGAGGUGGAAGGGCAAACAGUUCGAGAGUGGUCAGGGGAAUACAUGCCCCAGCAAGAACAAUAACCAUGUAUUCAGUUCCUCCCAUGCGGCAGGCCCUGAGGAUGCAGUGGUCAACAACGGAGGCCUGUGCCUGCACAACAUUUCCAGUCUUUUGAGCUCAAGUAAAGUACCUCUUGCAAGAGCAGUUUCAGUGGAGUGGUAGGAUGGAAGCCGGAUUGUGCUGGCUUGAGGAGUGAGUGGGAGGUUAGGAAGUAGAGAUAGCAAAUAGAUAUGGCCCUUUGAAGAAGUUUGGUGAGGAGGAGGAAAGCUAGGAGGAUACAGAAGGGAAGAGUUUUGUUUUGCUCCGAUUUGAGGGUUGGAAGACUCUUGAACACUUACAGGCUGAUGAGAAAGCAUCAGUAGUAGUGGAGAAAUUCAAAGGGUCCCCUGAGCGAGCAAUUCAGAAAGAGAACAGAAGGUCCAGGGGUUAUCUGUAGACACUAUUGUAAGUGUAAGCAAGGUUUUAGUGAAAGGAAAUGAAACUGAAGUAGUUCCUGCUUUUAGAUUCUGUUUUCAUUGUAAAGUUUCUGAGAUAUUAGGGUGGAAAAUUAGAGUGGCUCAUUUAUUCUGCAACUGUGUAAUAAGAGCAAAGAGUACUAGGGAAAAAACUGUUUCCAAGGGCUAAUGCAUCUAUCCUCAUUGCUGCUUCUGUUUUGUUGUCUUUGUUACCAACAGUUAUCAGUAUCAUUUAUUCUGUUUCAAGUUGAAGUACCUUUUUGGGAAUAACAGUAAUCUCUCAAAUAUGGCCAGUUGAUAUGAGUUAAAGGUGUAAAUUAAUUAUUUGAAAGCAAUUGAACAAUGGAGCCAGACAUCAUUCGAAUGUACUCUUCAUCCCCACCACCACUAGACAAUGGAGCCGAGGAUGAUGAUGAUGAUGAAUUUGGGGAAUUUGGUGGGUUUUCAGAAGUUAGCCCUUCUGGUGUAGGAUUUGUUGACUUUGAUACACCAGAUUAUACUCGUCCCAAGGAAGAGUUUGUACCUUCAAACCAUUUUAUGCCAAUUCAUGAUUUCUCAGAAAAUGUAGAUAGCCUUACUAGCUUUAAAUCCAUUAAGAAUGGUAAUGAUAAAGACAUCACUGCUGAACUUUCUUCUCCUGUGAAAGGACAGUCUGACGUUUUACUUUCUACCACCAGCAAAGAAAUAAUUUCAUCUAAAACUUUAGAUACUUCCAUUGAUGGCAUAGAAAGUCCAGGAGAUUUAAAUACUAUAGUGAAGCAGAGACAGAAUGUUGGAACACCUGAAAGUUUCUCUCCAGGAGAUUUUAGAACUGAUAUGAAUGUUGUUCAUCAAAACAAGCAGUUAGAGAGCUGCAAUGGUGAAAAGCCUCCUUGUCUGGAGAUUCUAACAAACGGGUUUGCAGUAUUGGAAACUGUAAAUCCUCAGGGAACAGAUGAUCUGGACACCGAAGCCGAUUCAAAAGGACGAAAGCCUCUUAGCACUCAUAGUACUGACUAUAACUUAGACUGUGCACCUAGUCCUGCUGAGGAAUUUGCAGAUUUUGCUACAUUUUCCAAAAAGGAAAGGAUACAACUAGAAGAUACAGGAUGUGCAGUUUUAAAUGAUAGAGAAGCAUUAACCAUUCAGGAAAAUAAUAAAAUUAAUAGAGUCAGUGAACUGAGUUCUGUAAAAGCACUGUCUUUGGGUAGAAGCUUUGACGAUAAAGGAGACAUUGAUGGAGAGGAUCAGGUUUGUGUUUCAGAAAUAAGCAUAAUGAGUACCAGAGGUUUCAGUACUGAAAAACAAGGCCUUCCAACAUUGCAACAGGAUGAAUUUUUAAAAUCAGUUCAAUCAAAGCCUUGGAGUUUGGCAGACUCAGCUGAUAAUUCAGAAGCCAGUAUGAGAGAAUGUAAAACUGAGGAAAAACUUGAUUUGUUUACUUCUAAGUGUGCUGACCUAUGCAUGGAUUCUAUUAAAACUUCUGAUGCUGAUGAUGAAGUUGGUUCUUCCAAAGAAGAAAGUAAAAAGUUUACUGACUCCCAAAGCCCCAGCAUUGAUCCUACAGAAGAAAAUGUUCUGGAUGAUUCUUUAAGUGUAAAAAAUGGUGACAGUAGUAAUGACUUUGUGACUUGCAAUGAUACUAACGAGGAUGAUUUUGGUGACUUCGGCACAGCCAGUGGCACAACUCCACCUUUUGUUACUGGUACCCAAGAUUCAAUGAGUGAUAUCACUUUCGAAGAGUCCUCAGAGCACUUUCCACAUUUUAGUGAACCAGGUGAUGACUUUGGAGAAUUUGGGGAUACAAAUGCUGUUUCUUGCCAAGAUGAAAUUCUAUUUACUGAGUCCGACCUAAAACAGACUUCUGAUAGUUUAUCAGAGGAAUGUAAGUUGGUGGGAAAGUCUUCUGGGACAGGCACUGAUCCUGUUUCAAAACUGGAAAUUGAGCAAGAAGGUGAAUUUGGAGAUUUUGAUUCUGUGCCAAAUAUUCGAGAGGACCCCAGUGCUUUUCAAGACUCUGAUGAUUUUGCGGACUUCAGUUCAGCUGGGCCUAGCCAAGUUGUAGAUUGGAAUGCCUUUGAGGAUGGACAGAAAGAUAGUUGCUCUUGGGCUACUUUUGGAGACCAGCAGGCUGCUGAAUCUCACCAUCGAAAGGAAGCCUGGCAGUCACAUAGGACAGAUGAAAAGAUUGAUACUCCAGGAACCCCCAAAAUGCACAGUGUCCCUUUAGCAACUUCCAAAGGAGCAGUUGCUGGUGGCCAUUUACAGGAAACAGCCACUUCAGUUCAGACAGCUUUACUAAACCGCCUGGAGCGAAUUUUCGAAGCAUGUUUUCCUUCAAUAUUUAUCCCUGAUACUGAAGAAGAAGUUACUUCCCUGAAGCACUUGCUGGAAACAAGCACCUUCCCAAUAAAAACAAGAGAGGCCUUAGCUGAAAGUGGGGAACUGCUGGAUGUGUGGACCGAGCUACAGGACAUCCACGAUGCACAUGGCUUGAGAUAUCAGUGGGGUGGCUCCCAUAGCAACAAGAAGCUUUUGUGCUCCUUGGGAAUAGACACCCGAAACAUUCUCUUCACGGGUAACAAGAAGCAGCCUGUUAUAGUGCCCAUGUAUGCAGCAGGAUUGGGUAUGUUAGAACCCACCAAGGAACCAUUGAAACCACUAUCUGCUGCAGAAAAAAUCGCUUCCAUUGGUCAGACAAACACCAUGUCACCAGAAAUGAACACAUGUACAUCUGACCAAUUUCAGGAGUCUCUACCACCCGUCCAGUUUGACUGGAGUAGCAGUGGCCUUACUAACCCUUUAGAUGCUAGUGGAGGUUCCACUCUUCUGAACCUUGAUUUCUUUGGGCCCGUGGAUGACAGUAGCUCUAGCAGCAGCACCACAAUCCCAGGUGUGGAUCCAGAGUUGUAUGAGUUAACAACUUCUAAGCUGGAAAUCUCCACCUCAAGCCUCAAAGUGACUGAUGCAUUUGCAAGACUCAUGUCCACAGUAGAGAAGACAAGCACAUCUACCAGGAAACCGAAAAGAGAAGAGCACCUAAGUGAAGAAGCCAUCAAGGUGAUCGCUAGCCUUCCUGACUUAACGUUCAUGCAUGCCAAGGUGUUGAUGUUCCCAGCCACGUUAACACCUUCCACAAGGUCCCAAGAGAAAGCAGACUGAUAACUGAUGUGAAUUGGACACUUUCAAUUGCUUUUCCUUUCCUCCAGCCCUUCCCUACUAUCAAAAGCAUACCUGCUCUAAUUAAAAAAAAAAAAAAAACAUUCAGCUGAUUUGUUGGUAAGCCGCACUAGAAAGGUAUACAUAGUAAUGUAUAUUUAUUUACAUACUGAAGUCCUAAAUUUAUAUUAGAAAAAAUGUAAAUAAUCGGGGGUGAACAUUUUUGAAGAUUUAUUCUUUUUGUGUUGCUGGGGUGUAUACAUUUAUGUCUUUGUGAAAUACACUGGUGGUGUCCUUCUUACAAAACUUUUGAAAUAAAAAAAAAUUAAAAACUCAAAUCUCCACUGUCUGUGAAAUCCCCUUCAGUCUUUUCAGAUUGCAUUGAAUGUUCUAUUAAUUUUUCAUAUCAUAUGUUGAAUUACUUUUGCUAUCAUAAGCUCCAAAGUGUCCAUUUAAUUUUUUUUUUUUUUUUUUUCCAAUUUUACGUGUGGUGGGUUUGUUUCAGAUCUGGCUUUUGUUAACAUUUUUGCGCCUUUUUUUUUUUUUUUUUUUUAAUCUUUUCAAUCUGGCAUAUUGCUAUUUGACCUUUUGUGAGGUACUUAAUUGACUGCUGUUUUGUUGUAGGGUAUGGAUCAUUGUCAGAACUUGAUUGGAGGGGUUUAAAGAGAUUGUGUCUGUUUUAAAUCAGUUUGGUUGGAGAAGGACCAAAUUAUAUGAAUGUCUUACAAUGAAAUUUACUUGUUUUAAUGAUUUUUGUUUUAUCGUACCACUAUUUUUUGAGGAUUUUGCACAGUGUAAAAUGACAUAAUCAUAGAUUGCUAUGGUUUAGGCUGUAUAUACAGUAAAAACUAUGGGUUUUAAAUGUUUGGGGAAAUUCCUAUGGAAAAAAGAAAGACAUGUAGAGGAACCUCUAACAAGGUGAAUGUGCAUGCCCAGGUCUUUUGAGAUUUCAGUGUGUAAAUUUCCUUUUAGCUUACACAAAAAUAAAAUAAUUUAAAAGAAA